CAAAAGCGAAAGCGAGCGACGGAGCGGGAAGCGAAAGCGAAAGCGAGCGGGGGAGCGGGAUCAUGGCGGCGGCGCCGCUGCUGGUUCGGCUGAGCCCCGCGCCCGCCGCCGGCGAGAAGGCGAUCCUCAAACUCCAGGCGUACUUCCAGUCGGGAAAGCGCUCGGGGGGCGGCGAGUGCAACGUGCGAGCGGGCCCCAAGCCCGGCACCUACUGGGUGGAUUUCUCUCAGGAGCAAGAUAGGAGGAAUGUGGAAUCCCGCACAAAACACGUCUUGGAGUUGGGUGCGAAAUGCCUGGAGAUAACGAUCCUGCCGGGAGAAGAAGACUUGGGCAAGAGCCAGGUUACAGCUCAGGCCUCUGCCAGCCACAACGGUGUCACUKCCAGCCCUGCCCUGCCCCAGCAGGAACAGCAGAACAACCAUGACCAUGGGGCCACUGCAAAGGAAGUCCUGACCAAAAAGAUAUUUCUUACAGUGACUGCUACUUUGAAUACCAGUAUGUUCACUGAAGACCAAAGGAAGAAAAUUACCAUUAUGUGUCCAAACUUAAAGAGAGAAGGAAAUCUYGGUUUGGAGAAAUUGACAGGAGAUUUUACAGAUAUUGAAAAAGCUUAUCACUACUUUGAGGAUAUCCUUGCAGGCAAAGACCCAAACCAUAAUUUUUCACAUUCUAAAUGUAAGAAUGGUUUGAAAGAUGAAAAUGGCCUGAAUACUGAAGAAAUGAAUGAGUUUACAGUUGUGACAGCUCUCUACGAGUAUUUUAAUCAUACAUGUCAAAAAGAAAUCAAAGAACUACACAGAAGGUUUGGAGCACAUAUAAAAAUUAAAGGUCAUUGCAAUGAUCACACAUUAAUAUACAUAUCUUCUGAUAAAAGUCCUGCAUUGUUACAAGAAGCUAAUGAKUUUUUUAUCAGAACUUUUCAAGAAKCUACAAGAGAUCUGACACAGGAAAAGGUUCCCAUAACAAACCGUUCCACAUUAAGGGAGACAAUAAUGAAAUUAAAUGAAAGGUUUAGAAAUGUUCUUGCUAAAGAGGAAGGGAAUCACUUGCUCCUCCGUGGUCCACUGAAUGAUAUUUUAGCUGCUCAAAAAUUUCUAGCAGAUGAAGCUGAGAACAGCCAAGCUGAAAAGAAUAUGAAAAUAUCAUCUGAACAGUACAAAUACAGGAAUGGAAUUGUAGUUGAUAUUUCUGUGUUUAAAUUGUUGGAAACCAUAUUAAGCAAAGAAAUUGCAAACAUUAAUGACAAAUUUGAUACAGUUAUAGAAAUAAAAGAUUAUUCAUAUGGCCAGAGGGUCAUAAUAUUUAGGCCUAAGUCCAAAACUUGUGAUUUGUCAUCACAUGCUGCUGAAAGUUUCRUCAAUGCAUGUCAGAGUGCCUCUGCAAUGUUACGAGAAAAAACCAUCACCCUGAAGCUUUCAGAAGAUCAGAAGAAAACUUUGUAUAUGCUACUUGAUGAAAAACAAUUUGAAGAUCUUCAUGUAAAACUUAAGAAGAAUGAAGAUAAGUUAAUCAUAAGCGGUUUACCAGACCACCUUUAUGCUGCUGAAAAGCACGUGAUGGACCUUCUUAACAUUGAAGGCUCAACACAAAGUAAAAAUAAGGCACGACUGUCCUCUGACCUCAGCUCUCAAGAAGCUGCAGGAGCACCUAAGAAGCAAUCCAAAGUUAAGCAAAAGAAUAAUGUUUCUUCUGAAGGACAGACUCAGGCAAAGACAGAAGAAGAAGAUAAGUGUCCAAUUUGCCAGGACAGAAUUAAAAAUAAAGAAACACUAGAAAAGUGCAAACAUGCAUUUUGCAAAAGUUGCAUUGACCAAGCCAUGACUUAUAAACAAGCUUGUCCUGUUUGUAAUACCAUCUGUGGAGUUCUGAGAGGAAACCAACCAGAGGGAACAAUGUCAAGUACCACAAAACCUUUCUCCCUUCCUGGUUAUCAGAAUUGUGACACUAUUCAAAUUGACUAUGUUAUGAAAGGUGGUGUUCAAACUAGCAGCCAUCCAAACCCAGGGCAGCAUUAUGGGCCAACUCAGCGAACGGCGUAUUUACCUGACAAUGAGGAAGGGAGAGAAAUUCUGMAGCUCCUCAAAAGGGCCUUUGACCAAAAAUUGAUUUUCACAGUGGGGCAGUCACGUACUACUGGUGAACAAAAUGUUAUCACAUGGAAUGAUAUUCACCACAAAACUGCCAUAAGGGGGGGACCUACCMGGUUUGGUUACCCGGAUUCUGSUUAUCUGCAGCGUGUUCGAUCAGAAUUGAAAGCAAAAGGAAUUGAAUAAGGAAGUCURUCAACUCUCAAGUGUAAUAACUGAACAUACAGCAGUUAAUGUACUGUUCAAGCUCUGAGAGAUGUCACUUUGUUUAGCUGCCAUACUUAAAUCAUUUGCAUUUCACAGUUAGCUAAGAAAGGUAAUCUUUUCUCAUCAAAAGAUACAUGUUCUUUUCACAAAUCAUUUACAUCCCU